UUUUAUUAAAUAGGAACUAGUUUUAGAGUAACGCUACAUAUACAAACUAUUCCCUACAAACUGAUGUUGUAAUCCUGCAUGUUUGACAUAUCAUCUAUUCUAAUUAUUUAGCUUGGGAACUAUUGACAAGAUGAUAUAUUAGAAAGAUUAGGGCAGCUUCAUGUAGAAGCAUUCCAGCCAAUAGACGAAUAGGCCUCUAAUAAAUAUAGCAGAAAGAAAAAGGUUACUUAGUAAUGCAAAGAGCAAACCUCUAACUGCCUUUUUAAGGCGGUUAAUAAAAACAAUAAUAUAUGUGGUUUGCCAAAUGAGGGAAAAAUCCAAAAGAAUUUAAAAACCCUAGACUGUCCCUAAACUAGUAUUUAUAACACCCAUGAGGACCUCAGGGGUAUUCCGGAUCAGCCUCUGCCUCUCUCUGCGUUGUGUACUUUGUCUCUCACAAUAUAGGAAAAAAAAAAAAAAACCAUGAUCUUCCCAACCCACCUUCUUUCUCUGCCUUUCUAAAUUGAGAGUGUGAGACACAUAGGGAGCGACAUGAGGGGUAGAUCUUCAAAGCAAGAAAGCAAAGAAGGAAUGGAAAUUGACAGCAAGCUUAGUAAUAGUAAGCUCAAAGAUGAGCCUCAUCUCUCUGGUGCUUAUAUCCGUAACCUUGUGAAACAACUGACCUCAUCAAGAACCAAAGACCCCAUGAACCCUAAAGACCCUGAUUGUGUUGAUGGUGAUCAGAGUGUCUCUGCCCAAAAUUUAACCAAAUUCGAUGAAGGGUUUAGUGAAACCCCGCAGAACCAGCAACCCCAACAGCCGCAACAACAUAAAAAACAAGUUAGGAGGAGACUCCACACCAGUAGGCCAUACCAAGAAAGGCUUCUAAACAUGGCUGAGGCUAGGAGAGAAAUUGUCACUGCACUCAAGUUCCAUAGGGCAGCUAUGAAACAGGCCAGUGAGCAACAACAACUAGAGCAACAACAAAAAAAACAAUCACAACCUUUACAACUAACACCUCAAUCAUGUUUUGAACAGGAAGGCAAGAUAAAGUCUAGGAGAAAUCCUAGAAUAUACCCAUCAAACACUUCCAAUUUCUCUAAUUAUUUAGACAAUCUUUCAUAUUCAUCUUUCUCUAAUUGUCCUCCUCCUCCUCCUCCUCCUCCUUUUCCUUAUUCUUGGCCCGUUUCUCAAGCACCUCCCCAGCCGUUUCCCGAAACCCUCAAUUUUACUCUUCCAAACCAAACCUUAGGCCUAAACCUCAAUCUUCAUGAUUUCAACAACUUAGAUACCUCUCUUUACCACAGCAGCAACAACCCAUCAAUCUACUCUUCCGCAUCUCCAUCAUCGUCUUCUUCUCCUACUCUUUCAUUUGCUACUGAAGAACUUCCUUCAGUUGCUAUAUCACAUGACUUUGGGGGGCCAUCUGCCGUUUCAGAUGUUUUCGAAUUCUGUGGUACUGGAACCGGCCUACAUCCAGCUAUGGAUGAUGAGAGAAUGGCCGAGAUCAGAUCAAUAGGAGAGCAACAUCAGAUAGAGUGGAAUGAUACUAUGAAUUUUAUGACAUCAGCUUGGUGGUUCAAGUUCUUGAAGACCAUGGAACUUGAACCUGAAGAAAUGAAGACAGAGGAUGAUGGUUUCCAUCCGUUCGAUGAAGUCAUGGAAUUUCCAUCCUGGUUGAAUGCAAAUGAGAGCUGCUUGCAGCAUCUCAGUGACAACUACACAGAUGACUACCUUCAAGAUCCGGCCUUGCCUCACAUGGAUAUUGGAGAAUUUGAAGGAAUGGACAGCGAGUGGCUAUCUUGACAAGGAUUGAUUAUUUUUUGUCAAUAAAAUCUUUGUCUUCCCUU